UACACAAAAACAUUGCUUGGGCUGCCUGUGUGUACCUGUAGCUAAAAACAAUAUGGCGGACUGCUCUGAAGAUACGUCUGAAGAUAUUCCAGGAACAACUCCUAAUACCGAAGAUAUUAUUAUGAUGCCAGACAAAAAGAAACAUCAUCGUUGUAAACCUUUCUUCGGCAUUUCUUUUGCCAUUCUGUCCUCGUUGACAUUGGUCCUGAUGAACGUCUUUGCUAAACUUUGUAAACAAAUGCCAGUGUUUGAGAUUGGAGUUAUAAGGUUCUUGAUACAACUAGCAAUAACAGUCCCAUUCUUGAUCCACGCAAAUGAAAGGAUUAGCUUUUCCCCAAAGAUAAUGGUAUUUCUGAUUUUGAGAGGAUUUACUGGUACUUCUGGGAUGCUAACACGACUUUACGCUGUACAGAACAUGCCAAUAGGCGACGCUACAGUACUGAUGUUCACGACUCCCGUGUUUGUCGCCAUCUUUGGAAGAAUAUUCCUGAAAGAACCACUCCAAAGAAUCUACAUAUUUCUUUUAAUUAUCUGCUUAAUUGGAGUUAUACUGAUUGCAAGACCAAUAUUUAUCUUUGGACAUCCAGAGGAAGCUCCUGAGUAUGAUAAUAUUUGGUUACCUUCGAUUGUUGCUGUGGGUUCUGCAAUGACCACUGCGUUGUCCAUGAUUCUGGUGAGGGUUCUUGGAAGAUAUUCUCUCACAUCUUCAGUCAUCAUAUUCUACUUUGGUUUGGUUGGACUCAUUUAUUCAAUAUGUGGUUCAUACUUAGACAGAGGAUUUCAAUUUCCUUCCUGUAAAAGUAUCGACUAUGUGUUUGCGAUUGGUGUGGGUGUUUUUGCAUAUUUAGUGCAAGCAGCUCUGAAUGCUGCUCUGAAAUUUGAAAAAGCAUUUAUAGUUUCGCUUGGUCGCACCUCAGGUAUUGUGUUUGGGUUUGUUGUACAAGUAUUAGUUUUUUCUCUUGUACCAAGUGGUUUGAGUUUUGGUGGGGCAGCAUUGAUCACCCUGAGUAAUGUUAUUAUAUUCAUUUUCAAAUGGA